UAUAGAUAGAAGGCAGUGUGGGAGGGCCCCUUCCAAAGCAAAGUGGCGAACUCCGUCCAAUAAUUAAGCUACUAAAGGCAGGGCAGCACGAUGAUGAAUGCGUGAAAUUACAUUUGCUUUGAAUUUCUUCUCUUCAACAUGAGGUGCAAAUCUUGCGAGAGCUGCUUCCAAGAUUAUUACGCCGAUACCUGCAAGCAGUGCCACGAGCACCACAAGGCCAAGGUCGCUUUUCUCGGGGCCACCCACCCGGCUUCCUUCUCCGACGUCGUUCUGUUUGCCUCCGACGACGAGGCCUCUGGUCCCGUCCCGGCCCAUAAGGCCGUUUUGGUGAGCCGUUCUCCGGUGUUUAGAGCCAUGUUUGAGAAUGAGAUGGAAGAAAGCCUGAGCGGCACCAUCAAGAUUGGCGAAGUGUCCAACCGCACCCUUGGUGCCUUUGUCAACUACCUCUACACUGCUGAGGUACGCCUUGACCAGCAAUUCUCCUGUUUCCUCUUUGUAAUGGCUGAAAAAUACCAGGUGCAGCAUCUUAAAGACUACUGCCAGAAGUUCUUGGUGGCCAACCUCAACUGGGACAAUUCACUUUCGACCUACACCUUAGCGCACCGGCAUAAUGCCAAGCAGAUCAUUGACGCGGCCUUAAUAGUGAUCACAGACAACAUGGACAAGCUUACUUCCGGGAAGGAGUACGCCAAGCUCAAGGAGAAAGAUCCGCUUUCUCUCCAGACAUUCUUCAUUUUCCUGUGUGCGCACGGUUUCUUCUACGUCUUACAGUGACGACGGUGACGGUGAUGGUGCCGAAUGAGUUACUGUAAUUACUAGGCACUUGUAAAUGCUCCUCCAACAAUGCUUGUAAUUUUUUUGUGUGUUAAUCUUCAAUAUUUAAUUAUCCUUUAAAUUAAAAAAAGAAAAGAAAAAAGAUUGGGACAAAAUAUGCUGAAGGAGUUGUUUUUGGGAGAAGUUUAGGUAAAAAUUACUUGGGAGUAGUUGGAGCAUUAGGCAAUACUUUCUCCCAUCUCUCUUUAGUUCAAGUGUUUUCUCCCUUAGCUAGGCAUAUUAUUUAAUUUAAAUAUGUCAAGAUCUAGUGGUGCUCCUAUUUGUAUAUGGAACAUAUCUCCUUUUUAGCUAUGGGCUUUUUGUUUCUACUUUCUGGAGGCUUGGGGUUAUCUUCUGGAGGAGAAGCCAAUGUCUACUGUCAGAGUUUGGGUGUUGUGACCUGGUGGAGAAAUGAUGGUGUUGUGAUGCUUGUACGAGUGUCUGGAGGAAGAUAGUGGAUAUGCUCUUUCUCUUACUGUUAUUGUCCUCUUUUCCAAAUACUGGCAAAAGUAGAGUUGUUUGCCGAUUGCUGGGUUUGAUUUGGCAUAAUUUACAUGAGAAUUAUGCUCUGUUUGUUUAUGUAUUUGGCUUCUAGUGAGCUAAGUUUAAUGUUUUUUUAUGUUGGCUCAUUGCUUCAAGUCUUUGUGCUUGUAAUGUAACAUUUGAGUUGGGUGAAAGCCUCCUUGUU